CGUCUUUUUAGCUUGCUGCCGUUGCCGUUGCCAUGGUGGAGGAGGACAGCCGCCGCGAAGCAGCCGCCAGGGCGGCGCAGGCACGCCUGGCGAGCACGGCGACAGCAGCGCAGAGCGACAACACCGAGGCGGUGCGCAAGCACAAGCUCAAGAUCAAGAAGCACAUCAACGACAUCACGGGCCAGCUGCGAUACGAGGCCGCGUCCAAUUGCCUCCAGCUCUUACAUACGCUCAUCGAUAACGUCGUGAGCCACCCAGAAGAGACAAAGUACCGGCACUUUCGCGCGGCCCAGCCCAAGAUUGCCGCCCUCGUCCUCUCGCAGCCCCCGGCCGUGGACAUUCUCGUCGAGACGGGCUUCCGCACGCGCACCCAAGACUUCCAGCAGCAGUGGUUCGUCCCCGAUGACUGGAAGCCAGGGGUCUGGGCAUGGACACGGUUGCAGGCGACGGCCGACAGCCUGCGGGAAAAGGCAGAGGAGUGGGAGGAGCUCGUUGAGAAGACGAAGCUGAAUGCGCAGAGGGAAAAGGCCGUAGAGUCUGCGAGAAAGGUGAGGCCGCCCUUUUCCUUUGUCGAGUUGUAAGCGCUCACUAUUGGGCUGCAGUCUCGUGCGCUCGACGAGGCUCGUGAGGACAGGGAGAGGGUGGCGCUGCGCGUCGAGCGAGAGAAGAUCGCGCGCGAGGC